AUGCAGGCAAAUAUUAUCCCUUUUCUUUUGUACGCGCUGCAUCUUCGCCCCACCCGCGCACGCACACCAACGCACGGCACUUAUGAUAUACGUGCAUCCCUUUCGCGCGGUCGGCGGGCGCGUUUGUGGGAGUAUAACGUCGUCUCUAUCGCUGUGCCGAGGCGGCGGCGACCGCGAGUAACCCCUGGCCACUUCGUGUGGACUCGCACGCGCCGCGUCGGCCGGCGGAGCGAGACGGCGAGAGUCGUGGACACGAGGCCGCUGAGCCCUCGCGCGAAGGGACACAGGACAGACGCUCUCGGACAUCGGGCGAGAGCGGGCGGCCGGCCGCGCACCUGCUUCGCACCGCUCCGCACGCGCUACGUGCUCGCCUACGUAAUACCGAAACGCCGCUCCGCGAAAUUCGUAAACAGAACACUGUAUGUUACAGUUUUCAUC